GCUUCAAGUAUCAUCAUCAUCAUCGCCAUUGAUUCGUAUUUGUCAAAAUCAUCAUCAUCAUCAUCAUCACCAUUCAUAUGUACACGUACUAUCUCUCUUGCAUAGAUAUAAUUCUGUUCAAAUUCCAUUUGACAAACAAACAAAUGAUUUUGUAGAUGUUAUUUUUUUUAUCCAUAUUUCAUCAUCAUCAUCAUCAUCUACAUACCAGAUCAUUUCGUCAUUUAUCAACACCUACAAAAAAAAAAAAAACAGAAAUCCAUCGUCUUAACCCAUAAACCGAUUUAUGGUAUAAAAAAAAUGUUUACAUUCGCUCAGUAUGUUUUUGGUGUAGGAAGAUCACUUGAAAAUUCUAAUAACGACGAUAACAACAAUAACAACAACAAAAACAAAAACAAAAACAACGACGACGAUAAUAAUCAAACACUUCAGAAUUCGGUUCCAUCAUUGCAACAAUCGAAUUCGAAUAAUAAUAAUAACAAUAAUAAACAAAGAGAAAAUUCAUCGACAACGUUACCAUCAACAACAUCAUCAUCGUUUGGUUGUUAUGCAAACGAUUCCGAAUCAAAUUGUUUAUUGACCAAUAUUGAAAAUGAUUGGAUUCUUAUCGAUCAUGUUAUCGAUCAUGGUAAUAAUAUUAAUAGGAAUAAGAAUCAAGGAAAAAAGGUGAAAUCAAAACUGCCCACAAAUAUUGCUUCCAAUAUUAUUAUUAAUAAUAAUAAUAAUAGCAAUAAAAAUUUGACUGCCAUUCGACAACAUAACAUAACAACAACAUCCAAAGAUGAACAAUGGUUAGUUGAUCCUCCAGAAUGUUUUAAACAAAGUAAACGUAAAAAUCAUCAUCAUUAUGAAAAAUCAAUGACCAAUGGUAAAAAAGCAGAAGAAAUGGAAAACCUAUUGAUUGAACAUCCAUCGAUGAGCGUAUUUGAUAAUUUGUUUGUUAAAAAACCAGCACCAAUCGCAAUGGUUACUGUUCAACGACCAUCGUUGACAAUUGCCACUUCUACCGCUUUACAACCAUUGUCAAUGAAUAAGGCUGAACAACGGAAAUUAAUUCUGGCUAGAAUUCAACAGGCAUCGAAAAAAUUGGAUAACAAUAAAGAAAAUAAUGGCAAAAAAUUGAAAUCCAAUGUAGGAUCAAUGCAAACAUUUAACAACAAUGUUUCGAAUGUUCCAUUGGCCCAUUUGAAUUGCAACAAUAAUAAUAAAGCAUUAAUUGUAUCCAUCAUUAAUUCGAAUGACAAAAAUGAUCGACGAAUGAAUAAAAAACAGAUUACCAAAAAACAAUAUCAACGCCAAAAUAAAAUCAAACAACAACGUAAUGGGCCAAUCAUAAGACAGAAGAAAAUGUUUGCCCAUAUCAAUGGUAUCUAUCAUAAUCGAAAUAAUUGUUAACAACAACAACAAAAAAAAAUUACGAAAAUAAACACUCUGCCCCCAUCAUCAUCAUCAUCAUCAACAAUAAGCAACAUCAUCAUACAAAAAAAAUAACGUUCGUUCCUGGAAAUAUAAAGAGUCAUAAUAAUCAAAAAUGACUACGACAUCAACGAUAUAUUGAAACACCAGGAUAUUAAGCCUACAUACAAACACACACACACACACACUUAUAUAUUGCAUACUAUGAAAUUAUUAUCAAUUAUAAUUAGUGUUUUAGCCUCAAGACACAUCUUAUUAAACACACACACACACACACUAUCACCAUUUCAUAAAAUAUUAUUCAUUCAAGAUAGUAAUAUAUUAAUAAUUUCUACUAAUUACU